AUGCGUGUGGUUUUGGUCAGCGGUGGUGUCAUCUCCGGCGUAGGAAAGGGCAUUAUUGCCUCCUCGGCCGGUCUUUUGCUCAAGACGACGGGCUUGCGAGUAACGGCUAUCAAGAUUGACCCGUACCUGAACAUCGAUGCCGGCACUUUGGGACCUCUCGAACAUGGCGAAUGCUUCGUUCUCGCAGAUGGCGGAGAGUCCGACCUCGAUUUGGGAAACUACGAAAGAUAUCUUGGAAUUCAAUUGACUCGGGACAAUAACAUUACGACCGGAAAGAUCUACCAAGAAGUCAUCUCCCGCGAGCGAAAAGGAGCUUAUCUAGGCCGGACAGUGCAAGUCGUCCCGCACAUUACCGAUAUGAUUGUCGAGUGGAUUACCAGAGUCGCCAAGAUCCCAGUCGAUGACUCUGGCGAAGAGCCGGAUGUGUGCAUUAUUGAAUUGGGCGGAACCAUUGGAGACAUUGAGUCGGCGCCUUUUGUGGAGGCCUUGGUACAAUUGAGACACAAGUUGAGCAGAGACGCAGCUUCGUCGUUCUUCAACAUUCAAGUCUCCUUUGUCCCCUUGAUCCACGGAGAGGAGAAAACUAAACCUACCCAACACGCCAUCAAACAAAUGCGAAGCGCUGGUCUUAUCCCAGACUUGAUUGCGUGCCGUUGUGACACCACCCUCUUCGAUGGGACCAUUCGAAAAAUUGCGUCGAGCUGCCAAGUAGAUUACGAGCAGGUUAUUGGCGUGCACGAUAUGGAGACAGUCUAUCAAGUGCCUCUUCUUCUCCACGAGCAAGGACUUCUCCAGCGACUUCGGACCGGACUUGAGCUGGACAAGCUGCCCAUGUCGCCUGCUGUGGCCACCAAGGGCGAGGCUCUUUGGGACUUGUGGAAAAAGACAGUCAUUGUGCCGAAAGACACGGCUACUGUUCAAAUUGCCUUGGUUGGAAAGUACACUAGCAUGCUGGACUCGUAUCUCUCCGUCAUCAAGGCCCUGGAACACGCAGCUAUGCGAUGUCGCCGAAAGCUAAACUUGGUGCCCGUUGACUCGGAGCACCUCGAAGCGAUGACUCAAAAGACUGACCCCGCCAAAUAUCACAAAGCCUGGCAGACGGUCUGCGAGGCCAACGGGGUCAUUGUUCCAGGUGGCUUCGGUUCCAGAGGUGUAGAAGGCAUGAUUGCUUGCGCCAAAUGGGCUCGUGAGAACAAGCGAAACUAUCUCGGUAUUUGCCUGGGUAUGCAGGUUGCUACGGUUGAGAUUUCUCGAUCGCUCUGUGGCCGUCCAAACGCCACGUCGGAGGAGUGGGAAAGCGACCCCAACGCCAAGGAGGCUGAAAACCACUCCGUCGUCUUUAUGCCCGAAUCAUCCAGGGAGCAACUCGGCGGCACCAUGAGACUAGGAACCCGGCCAAGCUUGUUCCAACCCGGCAGCGAGUGGAGCAAACUGCGUGCCCUCUAUAGAGGUGCUUCUGAAAUUCACGAGCGCCACCGACACCGGUACGAGGUCAAUCCCGAGCGUGUGGAUGAACUGGAAAAGGCCGGCCUUCACUUCAUUGCCAAGGACGAAACGGGCAAACGUAUGGAAGCGUUUGAGCUCAAAGACCACCCAUUCUAUGUUGGGCUUCAAGCGCAUCCUGAAUUCCUCAGCAAGGUGACUAAGUCGUCGCCACCUUUCCUGGGACUCGUCGCUGCGAGUGCCGGCGUGCUAGACCAGAUCAUCGGCGAAAUAAAGAUGGAGGGUGUCAUGACAAACGGCGAAGCAGCUUUCUAG